UUCGGUAUAGCGGGGUAUAAAUACAGGCAAUCCGUAGCGUUGGAUCAGCUUUGUCUUGUUAUUCAAGUCGAACAAACUAUCUUAUUAACUCCAUCAAAUUUAUCAAGUGUGAAAUUCAAAUAAACAGCUGAACUAAAAGGUGAGCCAUACAUUUCAUAAAAUUUAACAAUAUCUCUGAACAAAUUUUUGUAAGGCGUAAGAUUUAAUUUUAUUGCAUAGAUACAAAUAUUCUUAUACUUAUACUGAUGAUGCACUUGUUUGAUUAUAGUUAUUAAAGUAGGGAUAUACUAUAUAGAGCUACUAAAAAAAUAAAGUUAUAAAAAAACACUUUAAAAAAAAAAACUAUACGAAUAUGUUUGUAACUACCCGGAUUGCUGUAUAUGAUGAGAUAGAGAGAUAUAUGAUAUAGAGUGGGAUAGAGACAGAUAGAGAGAGCGAGAUGGAGUAUUUAAAAGAGGGUUGAAUUUUGAAUAGGACGAUAAAAGCCGGUGCACAUAUUAUAUAAUCCAAGAAUGUGACAAGGAAAUCUCAGUGUAUUUCAUAGCGUAAUUUUAAGAAAAAUGUUUAAAUUGUUUUCACAGAAAAAAUGGCGCCAACUCACAACAACGUAAAUAGAAAUCCAGUCCAAGGCAGCAGGGAUUCUCAUGUCCCCAACGGUCGCCCCACGCCCAUGGAAGUAGACAACGGGAACGGACUGACCAUCACAGCGUCACUAAGUGAAUCACCUCGUUUUGCGAGAAGGAACCAAUCAGCCAAUUCAACUGAGAGUGUUACCGUAAGUCCAAGGCCAGGAGAUCAACCAACUAUGUACACGGUUCUCAGAGACGGUAACGGGAUUGCAAAUGUCAGUGGAACAGUAAACAGACAAGCUGAUGUCCUGGGAACCAUUACCAUUGGUAACGAUACGUGUGUACCUGGGAGACCUAUCCCGCAACGUCACACUUUUCAAAUAUUUGUUAAAAACUUUGCUAACAGUAAAGACUACGCAUUUGAUGUGGAACGAGAGUAUCGUGUUGAGAAGUUGAUGGACGAGAUCUUCAAGAGGCUAGACAUAGUGACCGACCAGCAGAAGUUGACCUACGCUGGUAAAAACCUGGAGAGGGGAAUGACUCUUGGUCAUUAUGACAUAAAAGAACAUUCGACUGUUUUACUUACCGCUCGUCUUAGGGGUGGUUAGACCUUGUCAUGACAUGGACGUUUAAACCAAAAUAAAAGCAGGCGAAGAAUGUAAACAUCCGACAUCCAUGACAGGUAGCCACUCAAAGCUACCGACAGGAAGGCUUCAUAAUGAAUUUGUUAAACAUGAUGUACUGUGUAUGGUAAGCUCAUGGGAAAAAGAGUUAUUGAAAUAAUGUGCGAUGAGUGUUGAACUUAAUUCAGAAGAUGUAGUUUGUAUGUCAAACUUAAUUCAGAAGUUGUAAUAUGAAUGUCAAACUUAAUUCAGAAGAUGUAAUUUGAAUGUCAAACUUAAUUCAGAAGAUGCACUUUGAAUGUCGACCUUAAUUCAGAAGAUGCACUUUGAAUGUCAAACUUAAUUCAGAAGAUGCACUUGAAUGUCGACCUUAAUUCAGAAGAUGUAAUUUGAAUGUCGAACUUAAUUCAGAAGAUGUAAUUUGAAUGUCAAACUUAAUUCAGAAGAUGCACUUUGAAUGUCGAACUUAAUUCAGGCGAUUUAAUUUGAAUGUCAAACUUAAUUCAGAAGAUGUAAUUUGAAUGCCGACCUUAAUUCAGAAGAUGUAAUUUGAAUGUCAAACUUAAUUCAGAAGAUGCAAUUUGAAUGUCAAACUUAAUUCAAAAGAUGUACUUUGAAUGUCGAACUUAAUUCAGAAGAUGCACUUUGAAUGUCAAACUUAAUUCAGAAGAUGCACUUUGAAUGCCGACCUUAAUUCAGAAGAUGUAAUUUGAAUGUCAAACUUAAUUCAGAAGAUGUAAUUUGAAUGUCAAACUUAAUUCAGAAGAUGUCCCUUGAAUGUCGAACUAAAUUCAGAAGAUGCAAUUUGAAUGUCAAACUUAAUUCAGAAGAUGCACUUUGAAUGUCAAACUUAAUUCAGAAGAUGCACUUUGAAUGUCAAACUUAAUUCAGAAGAUGCGCUUUAAAAGUUGAAUUUUAUUCAGAAGAUUUGCUAUGAGUAUUGAACUUAACUGAGAUGAUGUGCUAGUGUAUUGAACUUCACGUAAAUGUUGUACUCUGAGUAGCCUAAUAUUUAACUUAAUUGAGAUGAUGUAACAUGAGUGUUGCACUUAACUGAGAUGAUGUACUGUGAAUAUUAAAUUUGAUAGUUGCAUGUAUUAUAAAUGAUAUCACUGGGAAAAAUAUGUCCACAAAUAAGCAAAAAACAUGUUUCAAUUAAAUGAUGAUUAAAAAAUUAAUAGCUUUUUAUACGAGAAAUGUCACUAAAAUUAUAUUUAAAAAAUGAAUCAAAUUUGAAC